GAUGCAAGACACGGUCGGCGGCACAGCAGUCCGAGCAGCGGCAGCCAAGAAAUUGUGCAAAUCGUGAGUGGCGACUCGUCCGUCUUCCGCCGGGUUCCGUGGUCGGGUUCAGUCGCAAAUUGUUCUUCCUCCGAAAUAAAUCAGUCGUGAACGGCCGAGCCGAGCUGAGCUGAGCUGAAUUUGCACACGCGAUUGGAAUUGCGUUCGAGUAACGGGCGAGUGCCUGGUCGUGAAUUUUGCGGAAUUAUCGCAAGUGCCUGUGGACGAUUGGAGCAAGGACUCGCUUCCUCGGGAGGCAACAUGAGGGACAGCCAGCGCGACAUCCAGUGAGAUAUUCGCGUGACGACGGCGUCGACCGGAGGCCAAACGCUCUGAACAGCGUGUCCCAAGUCCGAGUGGUUGUGUUGUUGGUACUUUGUACAGUUGUUUCCACUUCUCUUCUCCGACCAGUGUCCUAUUCUAGUAUUCCGUACUCCGUAUUCUGUAUUCCUACUGCCGCCGUCGGUUCGCUCGUAGUUCUUUCCUCUCGACACAGUUCGCCAUACAAUCUGUAACGGGACUCGCCUAUUUGUUCCUAAUUUCUGUUCGUGGUCAGUUAAGAAAGUAAGAAAUGUUUUGUGUGAGUGCAGCAGCGUAAGGGAAAAUCCGCUCAGAAAUCCGGACCAGUUGCAACUGCAUUUUUUUGUUUCCGUGCGGGACUCAUUAUUUUUGUUUUCUUCGUGGCUUCGUUUCUCGGAAUCAUAGUAAAAAGCAGGAGUUGCGGCCCGUACAGUUGCUGCGACCGCUGGGACAUUGAGUGCUGGCCACCUAGACUCGUUGGAGGGACAGACCGGCGAAAUCGCGAUUAGUCGCUGGGUGCAAUCUAAAAAAGUUCCUUCCACACCCUCGAGCCAGCUGUGAGGAAUUUUUCCGUUCGAAAGUUUGCGGUUUGUUGUUGUUGUGCUGCCGUUGUAUAACGAGACAACGUGGUCGAGAGGUACACACGCCUUUGCCCUUUCUGCACACGUAUACCAUCCCACCCGCCUCCGCCCUCGUUCGGUUAUACCGGCCGCCCUCGGGUCGUAGUUCGGAGUUCUCGCGCGCACUUGCCACCGUUUGCAGCCGCCCCUUGAAGAAAAUCACGAACGUCCUCAUCCCCGCGAGCGAGUCUGCAUAAGACGUCGGCAUCUUGGUCAUCUCCACUCGCACCAUUGACGGAGGACAGAAGGGCAUAAGCGCCAACGUCGCUACCCCCAACCCUUCGGCCGCAGACGUCGUCAUCGUAGGGAGCUGUCACAUAGCCAAUAUGCCGUCACUGCAACAGUUCAACUCAACUGAUUGCCCUAGUCCGGAUGCCAGAUCACUCACUGGUCCAGACAUACUUCACAGACAUUCAAUCAAUUCGUUGUUGGAAAGGCAUGAGUUAAUCAAUAGAGGACUAUCAUCACCGAUUGAAGGUGAAACGCUAUCAAUACCAGAUUUGCUUGGAAUCGGAAGCUCAAGGAAUAGCUUGUUUGGAUCACAAACCGGAUCAAUAUCCCCUUCACCGAACAAUUAUGCUUCGCUUAUGACCAGUUCAACCGGAUCGUCAAUAUCGCCCGGCAUUAGCAUGUCGUCAACGCAGAAUUUUGACGCUUUUUCGGUAAUUUAUGGCAAAAACUCCUGCACAGUAAUAUCCUUAUCCAAGCGCAAGUAAAAUUGCUCCUAAAACUGUUGAUUUAGUUUAGGAAGUAGUGACUAGAUGAACGCAGCACGUGUACGAACACUAUAGUUGUAAAAACACUGACAA